CCACCCCACCACGCUCACUAGUCACUUUUCCUACCCUCAGAAUGCGCCCGUCACUUUUCCGCCCUCUCAUCCGAGUCUCCUACUUCCAAUCUGCCUUCACGCGCUGUUACACGCCGCUAAGCACGAGGAUCGCUGCCAUGUCGACCAUUACCGAGGCUAUUACCAAGGACCACCGUGAGUUGGAGGAAUACUACAACCAAGUCAUUAACUCAAAUGAUGCCGACCACCGGGUCCGCUACGGCAAUGAAUUCACUUGGGAGCUAGCUCGCCACUCUGUUGGCGAGGAGUUGAUUGUAUAUCCGGCGAUGGAGAAAUACCUAGGGCAUCAAGGCAAGCAGCUCGCAGACAAAGAUCGGGAGGAGCAUCACCAUAUAAGGCCACUCUCGCUGAACGAGUCCGCAAUUCUGGUUAUUAAUGUCAUCCUAGGGCGAGAUCCAAAGUACGUGCCCAAGCUCAAGGAGCUUUGGAAGUCAUUAUCACAGCAUAUAAGAGAGGAAGAGAAAGAGGAUCUACCCGCGCUCGAGCAGGCUUUACAGAACAGCAAAGGCGAGUCGGAAACGCUCGCCAAGUCGUUCAGCCGGUCCAAGUACUUUGUGCCAUCGCGUAGCCACCCCAGCGCCGGGGAAAAUCCCCUCUUUGAGUCCGUUGUGGGCCUAAUGGUGGCACCCAUUGACAAGCUGGCCGACAUGUCCCGCAAGUUCCCUCAAUAAAUAUGAGACUUCGACUAUUGUUGAACAAUGAGUGUUCACAAUUUGAUAGCAUUCAGCGUUAUUGUUUAGUAAUAUGCAGUUGUUCAUCAAAGCUAAUUCUCUGUACAAAGAGAGGCAAUGUCACCUACUAUUAGCACUCGGUAGAUGAGAUAUCCUAGCUGAAUCCAAAUUUGUCGCAUUGAA